AUGUACAACCUCUCUAUCGGAGACCAACCCAUCACCAGGAAAUCUACCAUUCGCAUCCUGGGCAUGUACCUGGACGAAAAUUGCACAGCCAACACAUGGUUCCAGAAAACGACUGGAUCAGUAAAAAAGAUCCUACACGUCCUUCGACGAAUCUCAACACGCACCCGUGGUGUCCGCGAACGCGAGAUGAGGCAAUUCGUGCAGGCAUUUGUCGUCUCACGGCUCCUGUAUGGUCUUCCCUAUCAUCCAGUCAAUCGGACUCAGAUGCUAGCUCUAGAAAGACUUAUCAACGAGGCCAGAAGACUGAUUACUGGCCUUCCCAGGUACACACGCCUAGACGCGCUCAAGAGUUGCGGGGGCAUUAAUGAUCUCAGCGAACUCGUAUACGCGCACUACAACAUCCAGGAGGCACGGCUUCGCACAACACCAGCCGGCCGGUCUAUCCUUGAAAAACUAGGCUACGCCGUGCACGAUCUGCCCGAACUCCCACAACAGACCCCGCCGUGGGAACACAUUGUCCUCACCGACGGGACUCCUCUACCUCAGCGGAUACAGAGCACCGGCAGGCGCCUCUCUCUCAAGAGACGGCACUUAAAGUACUUUCGCUCGCUUGACGAUUGCACCCACGUGAUCUACGUCGAUACAUCCCUGCCAGCUGAUCACAAAUGCGCUGUCUACGCUACGGCGUGGUACAAUUGUAACACAGAAGCACAGGCACGAUACCUGCACACAACGGCUACGCCCCCGCUCAGCACCCAAGCUGAGCUUCAAGCCAUCACGGACUAUGCGCGCGACGCACUUCUUACGGCAAAGGAAGACGCACCAGUCACGCACAUCAUUUAUACUGACUCGCAAGCGGCACACCACAUAUGCUCGGACACCAAAUAUACCGGACCUACCUUACACGAGCUCAAGGUGGCCGUCUCAUCUCUGAGAGCGUCCGGCCAUCAAUUCAUCAUACGAUGGGUCCCUGCCCACUGUGGCAUACCCGGUAAUGAGAAAGCCCACAGACUAGCGCGCGCACACCUCCUCUCCGCGCUGGCCAACCCUGGACCCUCCUCUUCCUCAUCUCUAGGCAACCCCUCACAGGAAAUUGCCAACCCUUGGCACGACUUGCGCUCUACCAAAGCCCAGCGAGCCACCUACCUCUCCAUGGCCGCUAACCCGCUAUCCAUCCCUAAGAUUCCCUCCCAACAUUUCUCUCGUAGGGAAGCCGUCAUGAUUCGGCAAAUUCAGACAGGGACUCUACUGACACCACAUCUCUUACAGCGGUUUCGCGGGAACGACGGCGCGGGACCUUCCACAGCCUCUGGCAUCUGCAAGAACUGCAAUUCUAAGGCAGAACUGGUCCAUCUCAUGUGGUCUUGCCCUUUGUAUAAUAUUCCACGACAACACGCUUUGGACCUCAUCACAAACGCCCCAGUACCCGCAUCCCUGAACGCCUGGGCAUGUCCAGACACCACCAUAUCCUCCAAGCAUGCUCUGGAGCUCUGGGAGGCACUACUCACCUUCAUAAAAGACCCAACUGCGCCUCCAGUGGGGGACCGGCUCCUUUCGGCUACAGCCAAGAGGAUACGGCCUCCCCCUCCCUCGUCGACGAAGGCCUUGAAGCCAUGA